AUGAAAUUACGUUUCUUAGAUACAAUUAUUGAUAGUCAGUUAUCAUCAUCUAAAAUACCAUCUGUUGCAUGGUCAUCAAACAACAAAAAAUUAGCUGUUGCUACAAAAGAUAGAAAUAUUUAUAUUUUUGAUGGAAUAAGAGAACAAAAAGAUCGUUUUCAUGCUAAACCAAUAGAAUCAAAAUAUGGAAAAAAUAGUUUUGUUAUUACAGCUAUAACAUUUUCACCAGACUCAAUUAAAUUGGCUGUUGGGCAGUCUGACAAUAUUGUUUUUAUUUAUAAAAUUGGUAAAAAUUGGGAUGAAAAAAAAGUUAUAUCAAAUAAAUUUCAACAAUCAUCAACUGUUAAUUGUUUAAUAUGGCCUGAGGAUAAUAGAUUAGUUGUUGGAUUAAUGGAUGGUAAAGUUCGUUUUGCUUCCUGUCAUUCUAAUAAAAUAUCAACUGUCUAUAAGACUGAUCAAGCAGUUGUCUCACUUGCUAAACAUCCAACAAAAAGAUCAUUUUGUAGUGGACAUAUUGAUGGUAGUAUUAUUAUUUAUAAUUUUGAUAGUAAAAGUCAACAAAAAAUUUGUACACAUUUAACAGCUCCAUUUGCUUUAAUAUAUACAAAUUUUGGUAUAUUAGCAAGUGGAUGUGAUCAAAGAAUAAUUAGUUAUACAGAAAAUGGACGAUUAUUACAAACAUUUGAUUAUACUAAAGAUCCAAAUGAAAAAGAAUAUGUUGUUGGUAUUGUUGAUCCAACAGGAACAAAUGCUGUUUUUGGUAGUUAUGAUAGACUUAGACUUAUGAUAUGGAAUCAAAGAAGAGGUGCAUGGGAUGAGGGAAAUAUUUUAGAUAUUAAAAAUUUAUAUACUAUAACAUCAUUAUCAUGGAAACCAGAUGGUUCAACAAUUAUUGUUGGAUCAUUAUGUGGUGCUGUUAUUGCUAUUGAUUGUAGUUUAAAAAAAAUUUUAUUAAAAAAUCAAUUUGAGGUAACAUAUGUAUCACCAUCACAAAUAGUUAUUAAAGAUACAGUUAUUGAUAAUAGUCCAAAUAUUAGUAUAAAAAGUAAUAAAGGAUAUAAUAUUCGUGAUAUAAGAAUUAUGGGAAGAAUGAAUAAAUUUGUUGUUGCAUAUACAACAAAUUCAUUAAUAUUAUCAAAUAUGGAAAAAGAAUUAACAUCAGAAGUUAAUUGGAAUUCUGGUGGUAAUGAAAAAUUUAUUAUGGAAUCUGAUAAUUGUUGUAUGAUAAUUAAUGCUGGUGAAAUAAGUAUUGUUGAAUAUGGUAUUGAUGAUAUUAUAGGAUGGAUUAGAACAGAAAUAAUUAAUCCACAUUUAUUAAGUAUUCGUUUAAAUGAAAGAAUAUCAAAAGUAUAUGGUGAAAGAAAAAGAAUAGCAUAUUUAGUUGAUUAUAAUAAUAUUCAUGUUAUGGAUUUAUUAACAAAUACACAAAUAUCACAUAUUAAUCAUCCAUCACAUAUAGAUUGGCUUGAAUUAAAUGAAACAGGAAAUAAAUUAUUAUUUCGUGAUACAAGAUCUCGUGUACAAUUAUAUGAAAUAGAAGAAAAAAGAACAACAAGUCUUAUCAAUUAUUGUAGUUAUAUACAAUGGGUUCCUGGUAGUGAUGUUGUUGUGGCUCAGUCAAAUGAAAAUUUAUGUAUAUGGUAUUCAACUGAUCAACCUGAUCAAGUAACUAUAGUACCUAUUAAAGGAGAUGUCCAAGAUGUUUAUAGAGAUGAUAAGAAAACUGAAGUUAUUGUUAUUGAAGGUAAUAAUAAAGUAUCAUAUGAAUUAGAUAACACUCUUAUCGAAUUUGGUACUAAUAUGGAUGAUUUAAAUCUAAGUAAAGCAGUUUAUUUUCUUGAAAAUAAUGAUUAUAAUAAUAGUAUUGAAAUGUUACCAAUGUGGAGACAAUUAAGUAAUGUUGCAUUACAAGAAGAAAGACUUCAUGUUGCUAGUAGAGCAUAUGCAGCAAUGAAAAAUUAUUGUAAAGUUGCUUUUAUACAUGAAAUAUUAAAUGAUAUAGAAGAAUCUAAUGAUAAAUAUAAUGAUUAUAAAGUUAAAGCAAAAUUAUAUCUUCUUAAUGGUAAUUAUAAAGAAGCUGAAAAAUGUUAUAUACAAAAUAAUAAUUUAGAUGAAGCAAUAAAAAUGUAUAAAAAUUUACAUAAAUGGGAUGAUGCUAUAAUGUUAGGAAAAGGAUGGAAUUAUACAAAACUUGGUACUUUACAACAAGAAUAUUAUAAGUAUCUAUUUGAGACCGGUCAAGAUCAAAAGGCAGGUGAAUGUAAAGAAAAAGAAGGUGAUUUACAUGGUGCAAUUGACCUAUACUUAAAAGGUUCUGCCUCAGCAAAAGCAGCUCGUGUAAUUUUAGAAAAUAAUAAAUUAAUAAGAGAUGAAAUAUUAGUUGAUAGAAUUAUAAAAUCAUUAGAAUUAAGUUUAAAUUAUGAAAAAAUUGGUGAAAUUUAUGAAAAACUUGAAAUGUAUGAUAAAAGUAUGGAUGGAUAUAAAAAAGGUAAUAAUUUUAAUAAAGCUAUACAACUUGCAAGAACACAUUAUCCAGAGGAUGUUGUUGAAUUAGAAGAAAAAUGGGGUGAUUGGUUAGUUAAAAAUGGUUAUUAUGAAGAAAGUAUUUCACAUUAUUUAGAAGCUGGUGAAAUGAUUAAAGCUAUUGAUAGUUCAAUAAAAGGUAAAGAUUAUGAAAAAGCAAUACAAAUAAUUAAUGUAUUAGAACCUAAUCCAAAUAAUUAUGAAUAUUUUUUUAAAAUUGGUGAAUAUUUUGAAGAAAAAGGUAAUUUUGAUGAAGCUGAAAAAUAUUAUAUUGAUGCUAAAAAACCAGAAGAAGCAUUAAAUAUGUAUAAUAGAAAAUCACAAUGGACUGAAGCUCAUAGACUUGCUAGUGAAAUUAUGGAUGAAAAUGAAACACAAAAAUUAUAUUUAGAAAAAGCUGAAAAACUUGAAAUGAUGGGAAAAUAUAAAGAUGCAGAAGAAUUAUAUAUUAGUAUGGGUGAACCUAAAAAAGCUAUAGCUAUGUAUAGAAAUGCAAAUAAAAUUACUGAAAUGAUGAUAUUAGUUGAAAAAUAUCAUCCUGAAUUUGUUAUAGAAACAAGAAAACGUCUUGCUGAAGAAUUUGAAAGAAAUGGUGAUCUUAAAUCUGCUGAAGAACAAUAUUUAAUAAGUGGUGAUUGGAAAAGUUGUGUUGAUAUGUAUAUGGAAGUUGGUGAAUGGUCUGAUGCAUAUAGAAUAGGUAAACAAGAAGGUGGUGAUAAUGCUGGAAAAAAUAUUAUUUAUUUAUGGGCAAAAUCAUUAGGUGGUGAUCCUGGUGUUAAACUUCUUCAAAAAUAUAAUAUUCUUAAUGAAGUUAUUAAUAUAGCAUGCCAAAAUAAUGAUUUUGAUUUUGCUUUUGAAAUAUGUAAAAUUGGUAAUAAAAGUAAAUUACCUAUAGUUUAUAGAAAAUUAGGUGAACAUUUAGAGGAAGAAAAUAAUUUAAAUGAUGCAGAAAAAAAUUAUAUUCUUGGUGAUGUUCCUCGUGAAGCAGUUAAUAUGUAUAUAAAUAAUCAAAUGUGGGAUGAUGGAGAAAGAGUUGCUAAAGAAUAUGCUACAGAAAUGUUAAAUGAUAUAUAUAUAGGUCAAGCAACAUUAGCUGUUAGAAAUAAAGAUUAUUCUAAAGCAGAAACAUACUUAUUAAGAGCUGAUAAACCAGAAGUAAUAUUAAAUUAUUAUAAAGAAAAUAAUAUGUGGGAUGAUGCAUUACGAAUUGCUAAUGAUUAUUUACCAUUACAAUUAAAUGAUAUACAAAAAGAAUAUGAUAAGAUACAAUUAAAAAGUGGUAGUAAAGGUGUAGCUAGUUAUGUAGCACAAGCAAAAGAUUAUGAAAUGAAUGAAGAUUACCUUAAUGCAGUAAAUACUUUACUUAAAAUUAAACCACCUAUAACUGAAAAUGAAGAAAUUAUUGUGACAGCAUUAAAAAAAGCUGCUGAUAUAACAUUAAAAUUUAUUACUACUGGAAAUAGAAAUACAAUAUUAAAUAAUAUUACAAAACAACUUGAUAUUUAUGGUUUAUAUCUUGAUGAAGGUGAAAUAUAUUUACUUUGGAAUAAACCAAAAGAAGCUAUUGAAGUUUUAGUUAAAGGAAAAGAAUAUUCAAAGGCAAAAAGAAUUGCUAUUGAAAUGUUACCAGAAAUGGAAAAUUAUGUUGAAGAUGAAUAUAAAAAAUAUUUAACAAAUGAAGGUAAUAUUAAUGAAUUAAUAAGUAUUGAUGUUAUAAGUGCAAUUGACUUAUUAGUACAAAAAAAACAAUGGAAUAAAGCAUUAGAUAUAGCUGUUAAACAAAAUCAUCAACCAUUAGUUGAUAAGUAUGUUGCUAUAUAUGUUAGUGAAUUAUUAAAUGAUAAUAUGUAUAAAGAAGCUAUUAAAAUAUUUGAAACAUAUGGAACAUCAAGUAAUAAAGAAAAUUUAAAUAUUUAUAAAAAAUUAAUUGAAAUUAUUGUUAGUGAAAAAUAUGAAUAUGAUACAAUAUCAUCAUUAAGAAAUAUGUUACUUAAUUUAGUAAAUAAAUUACAUAAUGAUAAUAAUUCUAAUGAAGUAACAAAUGAAUUAUUUGAUAGAUAUUUACAAUGUAUACAUUUUAUUUGUUUAUAUGAAAGUUUAGAAGAAUUUAAUUCAAAUGAAAUUGAAGAAAUAAAAUUAAAAAUAAAAAUAUCACUUCUUAGAUAUAUUGAUUUAUUACCAGCAGAUAAGGUAUUUUAUGAAGCAGGAAUAGCAUGUAAAAAUUUUGGUGAAAAAUAUGAAAAUAUGGCUUUUACUUUUUUAAAUAUGUAUCUUGAUGUUAUAGAUGCUAUUGAAGAUAAUGAUCCAUCUAUUGUUGAUAAUAGUAUUUUUGUUAGUACAGAUAUACCUACACAAUAUCCAUUACCAGAGAAAGUUUUUGUUAGUCAAGAUGAACAUGAAGAGAUAAAAGAAUGGGUACUUUCAGUGUCUGUUGAUACAAAAAUUGAUAAAGAAUUAUUACUAGAUAGUAGAGGUUUAUUUGAAGGUUGUAUAAUAUCACCGACACUUGUUAAAUAUGAUAUGUGUAUUAUUACUGGAUACCCUAUAUUAGAUAAUCCAAAAAUUUUAACUAAUAAUAUGAAAGCAAUUUCAAUAUAUUGGAAUACAUUUGCAACAAUAAGUAAAACAAAUAGUACUGAUAAGUUGCAGGAUAUUCAAAUAUUUUUAUCUAAAUGGGCUGGUAUUCCAAUAUCUAUUAUUUAA